AUGAAACGUAUCAAAGUCAUCUGCAUCUUCUUCAGUUUCUUCCUUGAUUUGUGGAAGCUCUUUCUCUGUAUGUUGGCAAAGAACCGCAAUGGCACGAGUAGGAUCAUUGGAAACGUGAGAUGCCCAUGAUAGUCGAUCUUCUAGUGACUGCUCUGUAUCAGUUAUGAAGUUGCCGUUGAGACUGAUUUCUGAUCCACCAAGAUGCAUCAAAAGUGCGACGAGGUCGAACAAUGAAGCGAGUGUUAGCUGCAUUUCCUCAAUUUUGACUCGGAUCAUGCUCAACUCUUCGAUUGCCGCGAACAUCUGGAACGAACAGUCAGUUAUGAGGUGCUUCGGCACGAAUAUAUGACCACUUACUUGAUCGUGGGCUUCACUGUAAAGCAAAUCAAUGUGUUCAAAGGUUCCAGGUUUGGUGUUCCUGGUCUUACUAAGGAUCAGGGCUUCGAUUGCUCGCAUUUCUCGUGAUCGCUCUCCAAUCACUUUCUUUCCAGCUUCGUUUUUCGCCUCCAACUCCAUGAGUUCCUCAAGCUUGGCAGAUAUAUAACCCAUCGGAAUAUUGGCAUGCAAAUGUGCAUUGGGUUGUUGUAAUCGUAUUCGUUCAACGAGUUCACGAACGACCACAUUCAGCAGUAGUGGUUGAUCUGUUUGAACCCUGUAGCGAUACAAAUGCCGUUGCUGAAAAACCACAAGCAUUUAUUGGCACUCCGAACUUCCUUCGUUAUCUCGUGA